CGCAUACGUGACAGUUUACAUACUUAGCUUAUCUUGCUUUAAUGUUUAUGAACUACAUUAAUAUACAGCCUGAGAAUGAAGAAGUGCGGAAUGCUCUCCACGACUUACAACAAAACUGCUUCGUUGGCAUCUGCGAUCCAGCGGAAAUCUUCAAAAGGCAAAAAGUCAGGCUACAGCAUGUCGACGUUCUACGCAAGUUUUAUUAUUCCAACGCUGCCCUCAAUGAACACCGUCACCGCGAAAUUGCUACAAGUCGUUUUUAUACGCAACUUGCGACAAAGGAACGCCAAUACAUCAGAAGCAUAACUUCCAAAAAGCUAGGAAUCCCAUUUAGAAACCUGCGUCCUGUCAUGUGUGUUGGCCUUGCCGGCACAGGCGUAGGCUCCCAUCAACGUGGGCGACCUCGGCGCGGCGGCCGCAAGAUGCGCAAUGAACAUAGAGUUUGUUGUCCGGUGGUAUUGCAGGAUGAAUAUCGAACUAGUCAAACCUGUCUCUUCUGCUUUUGUCCACUGGUGAUGGCAACGGCAACCAAGGCUACAAAAAACGGUAAAAUCAAGACAGUGAAGGUCCUUGGCGCUCUCCAAUGUGUCAACCCGGAUUGCCCUGCGGUGCGUGUCGGGUACACUACCUUUAGUCAUGAUUCUCUCUCGAGUACGGCCAUGAUCAUCGCUGCUGUUACCCAGUUAUUCUCCCCUACCAAGUCACCUCUUCCCCCUUUCGAUCCUACCAGCCCAACACAAGCAAGUUUUACAUUUUCACCUGCCUUUUUGCAUCAUCCAUCAUAUCAUCUUUAGAAAUGGUGCGCUUGUUGCUUCCAUGGUUUUUCCUGGACCUGUUUAUUGCGCGCUCCCCUUCUUCCCCCAAACAUCGUUUGAGUGCCAAUAAAUUGAUGACGUCGAUUCCAAUAUUUUUUUCAUAUUGCGCGCCCUGGAAGAGCGACCCGUCCAACCCCCUUUCCCUAUAUACACA